AAACACACACACACACACACACACAGAGACACACACACACAGAGACACACACACAGAGACACACACACACAGAGACACACACACAGAGACACACACAGAGACCCAGUUCGCUGCUCUUCGUCCUUCUCCCUCACUGCUGACGGAUCUCAGACACUAUGGGUUGUGUAGACUGCUGUAUAAAGUGUUUAGGUGGCGUCCCAUACGCUUCACUACUGGCCACCAUUCUGUGUUUCUCUGGAGUCGCUCUGUUCUGUGGCUGUGGACAUGUAGCUCUGAGCGGAACUCUCACCAUCCUGGAGAACAACUUCUACAGGAACCUGAGUGAAACCACCAUGCUCACCGACAUAGUCUAUCUUUUACAGUAUGUGAUUUAUGGCAUCGCUUCCUUCUUCUUCCUCUACGGUAUCAUCCUUUUGGCUGAGGGUUUUUACACCACCAAUGCAGUGAAGGAGCUGCACGGAGAGUUUAAGACCACCAUCUGCGGCCGCUGCAUCAGUGCCAUGUUUGUGUUCUUCACGUAUGUUCUUGGAGUUGCUUGGCUCGGAGUUUUCGGGUUUUCCUCGAUCCCAGUUUUCCUGUUUUACAACAUUUGGUCCACUUGUGCGUCUGUGGCCUCCAACUCCUCCGUUUGUGUGGACAUGCGGCAGUACGGUAUUAUUCCAUGGAACGCCGAUCCAGGCGUCGCUUGUGGUCCGAAGCUUCUCGACAUCUGUAACUCUAAUGAGUUCUACUUGUCCUAUCACCUGUAUAUAGUGGCUUGUGCCGGAGCCGGAGCCACCGUCAUCGCCAUGUUCAUCUACAUGAUGGCUACCACUUAUAACUUUGCUCUUCUGAAGUUUAAGAGCAGAGAAGACUGUUGUACUAAGUUUUAAACUCACACACACCAAUCAUACGGAACAGAAAAGAACCUUGACGUCCCAUAAGAUGUGUAAAUAUUCAGCUAUAUCUGUAUUUAGCUUUUUUUAGACCAGGAGCUCAGCAGAGUCCUAGCUAACUUUAAUAAAACCUCCAGAGAUUAUUUACCCAGAAUAAACGAGCACAAAUGUAAUGGAAUAAUAUAAUCACCAUAAAGCUUUGAUGUUUACUAUCGAAACUUUUAUCAAAGAAACACCAAAAUUUACUUAAAACCAGCAAUAUAUAUUUUUUUGUUUACAAAUGUGAAAGGUUUUGUGCUAACAAACAAAUAACCAGUUAGCGUUAUGCUAACUCCACACACACACACACACACCUCGCUUGUAUAAGUAGUGCUUUAGUUAUUAUAAAGUUAACUCGACAAAUGUGUGUGUAAAUAUUAAAAAAAACAUGAAGGUCACCAGUGAGAAGAUUAGCAUGAUGCUAAUAAGGCAGUGCUACAUUGAGUUUAAUUGAUAGCAGCAAAAUGUCAAAGGUUGAAAAUGUUUGGGAAGAAAAAACUGUGCCAUCUGUAACUGUGUAAAUGCUCACGGGCCUAAUCAGCGCUAAUGUUAGUCACCAACAUCACCUGUGUGUACUUUGUGUUGUUUGUGAAGUUAGCAUGAUGUGUUCAGGUACCUGCUAGCUGCCACAACCUCAGUAAUAAUGUAGAGAUGUUAUAAGGAUGAGAUCCAACAUGUUAAUAAAGACCUCAUGCUUCAGUGCAGUGAAGGAAACGUUCUCACCAGUGAUGGUGAACUCUUCAUCUCUUCAUCAUGUAGAUGUUUUAUGGUCUAUAGAUUACACAGAACAGCUGACUGCGUGACAAACUGUUUACUUUUACUCAAUAUUACCUUUAACUUUUGAAAACAAAUGUAACCUUAUUUUAUUUUCUUUGACAUACAUAAAUAAACAUGUUUUGUUUACACAACCA